AUGAGCGCUGAGAGCUCCGAUAGUGAGUGUGGUGUACAUCAAGCCGCAACCGACCAAUCAAACACUUGCACGCCUUCAUCGUCUGGGGCGUCCACUCCUAGUCAUUGUGCUGGGCGGCGAAGAAUCAGCAAAGGAAAGAUGAGACAAACUCGCAGCCGUUACCUUCUUGCUAUCGAAGAUCGUAAUCGGCUGCGAAAAUUGGCGGCUCGAAAGAUAAGACUUGCAGCCAACGCAGUUUCUGCUUUGACACUUUUGCGAUGGGAAGAGAAGAUUGAUCGCAAAUUCGAAAAGAAAUUUGAGGAGCAAAGGGUUAAGCUUCAGCAAAUAAAGAAAGAUAAUGAUCUCUUACGGGCAAAUCAACGGAUCUUUGAACAAGGCUGCUCCGUCCUAGAGAACUGUGCUAUGGUGCUGCAGGUGAAAUUGGAACAGGAUAUGGACGCUGCUAUGUUCGCCUUCUCUUCGCCGCAUGACUUUUUCGUCCCGCAUAGCUGA